AUGUAUAGUACAGUUUACGGUAAUUGUCAUCAAGCAACAACCAUUUGUGAUGCUGUAUGUGGUUAUUUGAACAAUACGUUUGCUUUAUAUAUUUCAAUAGAUCUCGUCAAUUGGACAUUAAGUAGUAAUAAUUUUGUUCCUGAAGUCACUACAGAUCAUAACUACAUUAAUUAUUCGAUGCCAAAUGUUGGUUAUAAUCGUCAUACUAAUCAGUAUGUUAUGGUCUAUUGGACAAGCAAAUAUGGAUUUAAAAAUUCCAUGGUUGCUCUUGCUGUUUCUUCAACACCUUUUGGUCCUUUCGUGAAUGUUCCACCUUUAGUGAUGCAAGGAGGAACAGUAAUCAGUAGUACUACUGGCCUAUUCGUUGACGAUGAUAAUACAGCUUAUGUUCGAUAUAAUACACGUGAUUCACCUUUGAGACAUGUAAU